GGAACAAACUCAACCACUUACUUGCUCCAGCCUUCAUCGCCGGGGUUGAUUAUGUUGAAAUCUUGAAACCUUACUCUGUUGACUUCAACUUUCCACGAUUUGGAUGGCUAACCGCAAUUGGAUUGCUCUUUUUCUUACACUUUCUUGUUUGCUUCCUUCUCUUCACGCUAGUGCCGGUGAUGCUGAUCCGAUUUACAAGGCUUGUGUGGAGCAAUGUGAGAAAACUGGAUGUGUAGGGGAUAAAUGCUUCCAACACUGUAACUUCUCAUCUGAUGGGAAACCUAUGGGUGGACCAUGGUAUCUUCAAGAACCACUCUAUAUCAGGUGGAAACAAUGGGACUGCAGCAGUGACUGUCGAUAUCAAUGUAUGCUCGCUAGGGAAGAGGAGAGGGAAAAAGUUGGUGACAAGCCUGUCAAGUAUCAUGGGAAAUGGCCAUUCCGUCGUGUUUAUGGCAUCCAGGAACCUGUUUCUGUUGCUCUCUCUGCACUCAAUCUUUCCAUACAAUUUCAUGGUUGGUUGUCCUUUUUUAUCCUUCUAAACUACAAGUUGCCUUUGAGGCCAGAUAAGAAGACCUAUUACGAAUAUACUGGUUUGUGGCAUAUCUAUGGAAUACUAGCAAUGAACUCUUGGUUCUGGAGUGCUGUUUUCCAUAGUCGAGAUGUUGAGUUGACAGAGAAGCUAGACUGUUCAUCUGCUGUUGCAUUACUUGGGUUUACUUUUAUUCUAGCAAUACUGAGAGCUUUCAACGUGAGAGAUGAGGCUGCCAGGGUGAUGGUUGCUGCACCACUGAUUGCAUUUGUGACAACUCACAUCUUGUACCUGAAUUUCUUUAAACUUGAUUAUGGACUGAACAUGAAAGUGUGUGUGACCAUGGGUGUAGCUCAACUUCUCAUAUGGGCAGUAUGGGCUGGAGUCACUCGUCAUCCAGCACGCUGGAAACUGUGGGUGGUUGUUGUUGGAGGAGGUCUAGCCUUGCUCCUGGAGAUAUAUGACUUCCCACCUUACUGGGGUUUUGUAGAUGCUCAUGCUUUAUAUCAUGCCACUAGCAUCCCUCUUACAUACCUGUGGUGGAGCUUUAUCAGGGACGAUGCUGAGUUCAGAACAUCAUCUCUCUUCAAAAAAGUGAAGUAAGAUUUUCUUUACC